CAUGGUCCUUUGCCAUGGCAGCCUGGACACAAAGAGACCAGAAGAGAAAGAGGGGUAAGGUGGCUCCUCACCACCACCACCCCCUGCCACUUUUAAUGUAGUAAAGCAUUCCACGAUUAGACUUAGAACCAAGGAAAUAAUGGGACCAGUGACUAAAAGCUUGACGAAAGAGAGAAUUUUUAAGGACCAUCUUAAAGGAAGUAAGAGAGAGGUGGUUCAAGGAGAGAAUUCCAGAACUUAGGCCCCAGACAUCUGAAGGCAUGACCAAUGAUGGAGUGAUUAAAAUCCAGUAUGUUCAGCAAGAGGCCAGAAUUCAGCCAGUAGAGUUGAACGAUCUCAAAGUUGCAGAUGGGAGUCCAGCCAGGCAGACAUUGGAAUAGCCAAAUCGAGUGGUACGUUUGUGACACAGAAUUGCUGCCAACAUGCCUGCAGCCGCUGUUUGUUCAGAGUCACCUGGAUGUGGGGACCCGUGCGUUCCUCAGGCAGUGCUCCGAGAAAUCUAGCUGGCUUUUUGUUCAGAUUUAUUACUCCCUCGUCACCUCUGUGUUUGGCCUAUUCAUGUCGAAGACUUCUAUCAACGGGUUGUUGGGAAGAGGAUCAAUGUUCGUCUUCUCUGAGGAGCAGUUCCUUCAGCUGCUGAGGAUGGGACCAGACUGGAAGGCAACCAGGGUGCUUGAUCUUGGAGCUGGAGAUGGAGAGGUUACUAAAAUCAUCAGCCCCCAUUUUGAAGAGGUCUAUGUGACUGAAGUGUCUCCCACCAUGAAAUGGCAACUUAAAAAGAAACAGUACAGAGUCCUGGGGAUCGACGAAUGGCAGGAUACUGGUUUUCACUACAAUGUGAUUAGCUGCCUGAACUUGCUGGAUCGGUGUGAUCGGCCCCUGACCCUCCUGAAGGACAUCAGGAAUGUUCUGGAACCAAUUAAAGGCCGACUGAUACUGGCCGUGGUCUUGCCCUUCCAACCCUAUGUGGAAAAUGGUGGUAAGUGGGAGAGACCCUCGGAAUAUUUGGAAGUAACGGGAGAGACAUGGGAAGAGCAAGCGGCCAGUUUCAGUAAUGACGUGUUCAGCAAGGUGGGCUUUGCCAUCGAAUCCUUCACCCGGCUGCCAUAUUUGUGUGAAGGGGACCUCUACAAUGACCACUAUGUCCUGGAUGAUGUGGUGUUCAUUCUUAAACCAGUUUAAUGCUGCACUGCCCAGAUGUUUCAUAACAAAAGAACAAGACCUAAUUCCGAUCACCUAGAAUGGAUUCGAUUUUCUAAUCUGUCAAAUAAUGUUAAAACACAAAUUGUUUAAGUAUGCUCGAAUAUUUUGUGAAUUAUUUGAUAGGGAGAGUACAGUCUUUUAUAUAUCCAACUCUGUCCUUCUUGCCCAAAGUUAUUUCUGUUCCUCUGCCAAAAGGUUGUUCUUGGUUGUUGAAGUAUUUUCCCCAUUUAAUCCUCCCUCAUCUCUUUCUGCUGGACUGAGCAGAACACCCCAUGCCUCUCACUCCUCAAAGCUUCAUGUUUUGGUGAGGCAGAAGGUGGGAUUACCUGCUCUCCAGGGUUGGCCUGGUGUCUCCAGGAAUUAAAGGUUAAUCACCCAGACAGUACUGUCAACAGAAUGUGAGGAGGGGGGCAGUGGGGGUGUGCAGUGGUGUUGAACAAAAUCAUAGAAGCAUCUGCAAAAGAUAAUUGUGCUUUUCUCCCAUUUUCUUUGAAUACCUUUUUGUUUAUUAAUAUUGGGAAAUCAGGAGAUCAUGUGAGGAAACCUCCAGGGAUACCCAACCUAGAGGUGGCAACACUAGGGGUCGGUGAAGAUUUUGAUGGUGCUUCCACUCAUUCCAGGAGGUGGUUCUCUGCUGCCACAACAUGUCAACAAUGUCAGAACUGGAAAAAUUCAGCCAGAAACGAUCAUUCAAAAGGCAGUCCUGUACCUCAGUAUAACCACAAUGGCUGGACCAGUGCUGGCAAUGAGUUUAAUCUGAACCCAGUGAUGUGAAUGAUUUGUUGAAAACGUGCCUGAUAUUGUGUUCGACCAGUGUGCUGCUUUACUCAAAAAGCUUUAAAACCUGGUUCAGCUGUAAUGUACCUUCUGUAGGUUUUCACAGGAGGUGAUGAAUUGUAAUGGUUUGGGUUUAAAUGGAAUCGUUUAAACCAUCUCAAAUAUUUCACAAUGCCAGAUUUUACAAUUUAAUGAGCAGUCAUCUGAUUUUGUUACAAGAACUAAAUGUAAAUGUUUAAUAUUUUACAUUCAAAGUUUGAUUUUUUAAUCUUGUAGGUUAUUCACUUUGGAAAAAUGUAGACACAGUCAGAGGUGGACGUCAGGUGUCACCUGCAGGUGUAAGGGAUGGCCAAAUGUAGAUUUCCUCUAUUUGGUUCUUUAUAUAUUCUGUCUUGCCUACUGUUGCUGGAAUUGAAGAAGAAUAAACUUUCCUUACAUUUGAA